GACGACGCGGGCUCGGCGCUGCAGGCCACCAAGGACAAGUUCAAGUCGACCGGCAUCGCGUUCCACGAGGUCGAGGGCCCGCCCGCGAGCUUCGGCGCGGUGGGGGUGGCGCGCGACGGAAAGCAGGGGCGACUGCGGCAUUCCGACCAUCGCGCCUGGCGCCUCCACCUUGCCUGUCGGGAGCUCGAGCGACCUGGGGCGCCGAGGGCGGCCUGGCAGAUCCGGGUCUCCCCGGGGCAUUGGAUUCAGCGCUGCCUGCUGCUGCGGCCAGCCCUGUCCGUCUUCCGCCUGCUCUACUGGUUCGUUGACGCGCGGGCCCCAGGGCCCCCCUGCCCGCCGCCGGCUGGGGCCCGACGCGAGAUCCAGCUCUUCCGCGGCCUCAUCUUCCAGGCGGUGGUCUUCCUGGACAGGCCCACGUCGAACCCGGCCCUCUGCUCCGACCAGUUCAUCCCCGACAAGCGCCCCGACGCCGAGCUGGAGGACACCUUCGCGCCCGGCUGGGCCCCCGGCGCGGACGGGGUGCUGGGCGAGACGCCUGGCGCUGCUGGAGUGGCCGUCUGCCCCCCCCCCCCCCCUGCGCGGGCGCGCAAGAGCGCCCGAGGGGUGCCCGAGGGCCAGCCCGGGCCCGCCGCGCGGCCCGCCGGCCUCGCCGCGCCCGACGACCUCGUCGACCCCGCCCGCUGGGUGCUCAUAGUCGAGCUGGGCCGCCACGAUUCUCGGGCGCUCAGCCUAGGGGGCAACAUGUCCGAGAUGCUCUCCAUCGAGAAUGGGCGCGCCGUGGACCUCGGGCUGGCCUGCGCGCGUCGACGGGCGGCCGCCGGCCAGAUUGCCCGCGGCAUCUCCUGGCGCCGCCGCCACCUCGACACGGGCCGCAGCCUCAGUAAAGCUGGUUCGAGGAAGGCGCUCCUGGGCGCGCAUCGCCCAGGGCGACGUCGAGUCGAGGUUGGCUGGGAGGGCUCGACUCCUUCUCCG